AUGUCUGAAGAAAAUAGAGAAAUGAACGCAACGACUUCGGAGGCAAUAAGCAGUGACGAUUUAAAUAAUAAGUCGACGACUGUGGUUGGCAUUGAAACGCAAAGUGUUUUAGAAGUAAAUGAAAGUGAAAGUCACGUAAAUUUAAAUGACGAAUUCGGUUCAGUGCAGAAUCUCCAUCCUUCAUCGUCUGGUGAUUCUGAUUCAGGCGAGGUGUCAAUUGACUCAUUUGACAAUUCCGGUGAUGAGGGCAUUGGUGACAUCAUGGAUGAUCCAGAAUGUUCAGCUCCAGUUCCACCUCCAAGACCUUCAAUUUCUCGACCAUUAGAGCAACUUGAUCAACAUGAUUCAGCUCCCAAAAUCAAGGUCGCAGUCGUUGAUGAAUUUUCCUUUCCAGAAGAUACAAAAGCGGAAUUUGACGAAGAAAAUAGCGCUGACACGCUGACUCCAUUAAUGUUGGAUAAUCAUGUUUUAAUUAAGCAUGUUGAGUCGUUGAAGAAAAGCAAGGAAGUUGUUAAAAAUUCCAUGGAAUCUGAAGGUGAAGACGAAGCCGUGGAAAGCAGUGAUCAAGACAGCAGCAGCGUUUCAACGAUGAAACAUAUGAAACAUUCUAACACAUGCGAUUCCAUCAGUUCUAACGAAAACAACACUGAGAGCUUACAGCAAAUCGAUCAAUAUGAUUAUCGUAACAUGUCAUCGAAUGAUGAUAACAACAAAGAUUCAAGUGGCGAAGCAGUAAACAAAAGCAGCAGUGAAGAUGAACAACCGAUUGAAAUUCCCGAUGACGAUUUUUGCGAACAGAUUGUUGAACAAGUUGAAUUUUAUUUCUCUGACGAAAGUCUACUCAAGGAUGCCUUCUUAUUGAAACACGUUCGGCGAAACAAAGAAGGCUUUGUAAGUUUAAAGUUGGUGUCAAGUUUCAAACGAGUCCGUGCCCUCGUCAAAGAUUGGCGAGUUGUUGGCAUCGCCAUCAAACGCAAGAGUAAAAAAAUUGAGUUGAAUGAUGUCGAGACAAAAAUUCGUCGAUUGGAACCGUUGCCAUUGUAUGAUGAAACAACACCAUCGCGUACUGUAGUCGCAACAAAUCUUCCAUUUGAUAAACUUACGAUUGAGAAGAUUUCUGACAUUUUCUCGAAGUGCGGAGAAAUUGCUUUGGUUCGAAUUCUUCGUCCAAAUUGCCCCAUCCCAGCUGAUGUUCGUCAAUUUGUAAAUAAACAUCCAGAAUUGCAACAAAAUGAAUGUGCACUUGUUGAAUUCACCGAGUCAUCAUCAGCGAGACGAGCCCAGAAAAUGGAUGACAUAAUUGUGUUUGAACUUGUCUUGCCGAAAAAGAAAACCGGCAAGAAAACAGUCACGAAAAUGAUUGAAGGAAAUAAAUUUACAUCUGAAAGUGAAAACGAGCGAAGUCGUGGAGGUGAAAAUGUUAACAAUCGUUACCUUUUGAAACGAAACAACUCCGGCACUUAUUAUCCACCUUCACCAAGUAACUUCCAAUUUCCACCUACACCUAGAAAGAUGUCGCUUGGUAACGAACAAGCAGUUUACUCGCCUCCUUUCAAUCAGUUCCAUCAACAGCAAUAUUACGAAAUUCCACCAAGACGAUUGAGUGCAGUUUGUGGACAAAUUUUAAGCAAUGAACGUCGUUAUUCCAACUGUUCUGAUGGUUACUCAACUUGUUCUGAAGCUUUAUCAAGACGAGGUUCUGAUGUCCAACGUCGUCUGUCAAAUUUCUCUGAACUUCAAGCUCCCCCAUUGCCAUUGCCACGACGUGGUUCCAUGACUUGUGCUGAACAUUGUUCAUGUGGUUCAAGACGAGGUUCUGGUUUCUCAACAGAUUCCUACAGACGACUCUCAAAUGGUUCGAUUAGCGACUUUUCACGUAGGUUUUCAAGCGGAUCUUCAAGCUUUGGCGAUCGUAAAUAUUCGAGUGCUUCCACUUCAACUGCACCUGAUAGUCGACGAAUUUCAUUCGAUACUGGUUUUGAACGAAAGAUUUCAUCUGGUUCAAUGAAUUACGAACGUAAAUAUUCGUCGAAUGGCUUCGAUCCGUUAAGAAAACUUUCGCAAUCGAACGAUUAUUACAUCAACGGAAGAAAAGUCUCAACCGAUUCUGGUUAUGACAGACGAACAUCAAUUAAUUCAAUAACUUAUGAUAAUGAGAAUCCAAUAACACGAUCACGAACAAACAGCUUGAAUUGUCCAAAUCAUGGGAAUAACGAACCGUUCAUUAGAAAGCCACUCGGUCCCGAUCCUGAGGGUGGCAAAGGUUUUGGUAUGAGAGCAAGAAAAAUUGGGUUCGUUCCACAAACGAAUAUCGUUUCUACUACGUAA